GCUCUUUGCUUAAUUCUUGUGGGGGUGAUGCCCCGUUACUAACGCAAUAAAGCUCUUGGAUGCGAUCCCCGGCACAAUGCGUGGAUCAUUUUCAUUCGACAGACCCACUACUACUUUCUCCUCCCUUCUCGCACUGUGUCAUUACCAGCCAACUGCUGCCUGUCUGUAAGUAGACAUUUUUUGACUAUUUGUUUGAUUUCUUUAUUGUGCAGUACAGAGAACAGGGAGAUAUUGCUCUCAUUCAAUCGGAUUGUUGCGGAAUGAGUGAAGAGAAAGCACAAGCAAUAGAGGAGAGUGGGAGAUCUUGUAUUUAUUUAUGGUAAGUUCUAAAUGGAAUUAGGACAAUUAUUUUUCGAGAAAUAAUACCUGGGUAGAACACAAUGCAAACCAGUUAUUUGCUGUGCUAAUGCAUAUUGUUUUAACCCUCAAAGCAAUUAAAUACUGAAUACAAGAUGUGAGUUGUGAGUGAGAUGAUAUCAUAUCAUAUCCUCAGUUUAUGCAUAACCUAUUUAUAAACCAUGGAAACAUUUGCCACACUUUUAUCAGUGUAAAUAAAUGUACACUACCGGUCAAAAGUUUUAGAACACCUACUAAUUUAAGGGUUUUUCUUUAUUUUUACUAUUUUCUAUAUUGUAGAAUAACAGUGAAGACAUCAAAACUAUGAAAUACACAUAUGGAAUCAUGUAGUAACUAAUAAAGUGUUAAACAAAUCAAAGUGUUAAGUGGCUUCAAAUAGCCACCCUUUGCCUUGAUGACAGCUUUGCACACUCUUGGCAUUCUCUCAACCAGCUUCACCUGGAAUGCUUUUCCAACAGUCUUGAAGGAGUUCCCACAUAUGCUGAGCACUUGUUGGCUGCUUUUCCUUCACUCUGUGGUCCGACUCAUCCCAAACCAUCUCAAUUUGGUUGAGGUCGGGGGAUUGUGGAGGCCAGGUCAUCUGAUGCAGCACUCCAUCACUCUCCUUCUUGGUAAAAUAGCCCUUUCACAGCCUGGAGGUGUGUUGGGUCAUUGUCCUGUUGAAAAACAAAUGAUAGUCCCACUAAGCCCAAACCAGAUGGGAUGGCGUAUCGCUGCGGAAUGCUGUGGUAGCCAUGCUGGUUAAGUGUGCCUUGAAUUCUAAAUAAAUCACAGACAGUUUCACCAGCAAAGCACCCACACACCAUAACUCCUCCUCCUCCAUGCUUUAUGAUGGGAACUACACAUGUGGAGAUCAUCCGUUUACCCACACCACGUCUCACAAAGACACGGCGGUUGGAACCAAAAAUAUCAAAUUUGGACUCCAGACCAAAGGACAAAUUUCCACCGGUCUAAUGUCCAUUGCUCGUGUUUCUUGGCCCAAGUCUCUUCUUAUUAUUGGUGUCCUUUAGUAGUGGUUUCUUUGCAGCAAUUCGACCAUGAAGGCCUGAUUCACACAGUCUCCUCUGAACAGUUGAUGUUGAGAUGUGUAUGUUACUUGAACUCUGUGAAGAAUUUAUUUGUGCUGCAAUUUCUGAGGCUGGUAACUCUAAUGAACUUAUCCUCUGCAGCAGAGGUAACUUUGGGUCUUCCAUUCCUGUGGCGGUCCUCAUGAGAGCUAGUUUCAUCAUAGUGCUUGAUGGUUUUUGCGACUGCACUUGAAGAAACUUUCAAAGUUCUUGAAAUGUUCUGUAUUGACUGACCUUCAUGUUUUAAUGUAAUGAUGGACUGUCGUUUCUCUUUGCUUAUUUGAGCUGUUCUUGCCAUAAUAUGGACUUGGUCUUUUACCAAAUAGGGCUAUCUUCUGUAUACCCCCCUACCUUGUCACAACACAACUGAUUGGCUCAAACGCAUUAAGAAGGAAAGAAAUUCCACAAAUUAAUUUUUAAGAAGGCACACCUGUUAAUUGAAAUGCAUUCCAGGUGACUACCACAUGAAGCUGGUUGAGAGAAUGCCAAGAGUGUGCAAAGCUGACAUCAAGGCAAAGGGUGGCUAUUUGAAGAAUCUCAAAUAUAAAAUAUAAUUUUGAUUUGUUUAACACUUUUUUGGUUACUACAUGAUUCCAUAUGAGUUAUUUCAUAGUUUUGAUGUCUUCACUAUUAUUCUACAAUGUAGAAAAUAGUAAAAAUUAAGAAACCCUUGAUUGAGUAGGUGUUCUAAAACUUUUGACUGGUAGUGUAUGUUAUUUAUGACAUAUUUAACUUGUUAGACUUAAAUAUGAUAUAGCUGUCAAACAUUUUAUCAUCUGAUAUAUAAUAUUAACUAAAUAAGUAAUAGAAGUCAAAAUAUGAGUUCUGGUCAAGCAUUGGGUCACUGGGGUUAGGUUGUCUAGGUGUCAAGUAUGUGACAUAUUGCAGCUUCCAAGAGAGUCACCUAUUUUACUUGACAACCCCCGACCCCCCCCCCCCCCCCCCCCCUCUCUCUUUCUCGCUUUCUCUCUUUCUAUUGAGUAUCUUUAUGUCCCUCCCUCUCUCUCUCUUUCACUCUCUCCACCUCUCUCUCCUUAUUGAACCUAGUCCAUUGUUAGAGUCCAAGUGUACCCACAAUUUGAAAGUAGCCUACUAUAAACUCAUUGAUUGCAAAAUGGCAUAUUGCAUCCCUCUGUGCUGCCUGACACAGUGUGCAUUGCAAAGUCACUGGCUCAAUGCCCUAGUGGAGUUAGAAAUGUUGUGUCCAGGAGCAAGUUCCCUUCAAGUUCCCUUCCCUGGAAGGGUUAAGUAAAUUUUCAGGCACACUGACAGAUGGAAGAUAUCUAACUGGGGAUAAUAAUUUCAUUAAUUCAUUUAUUAUUACUUUGCCAGGAGCUGCCUGUCGGCGUGUAACCAACAUCCCAUCAUGGUGGCGUUCAAAGGAAUCUGGACCAAGGACUUCUGGAGGGCUGUGUCAGCCGAGUACCUAGCCACCAUGAUCUUCAUCCUCCUCAGCCUGGGCUCCACCAUCAAUUGGGCGGCUGAGUCAGACAACCCUCCCCCUGCAGACCUGGUCCUCAUCUCACUUUGCUUCGGCCUGGCCAUCGCCACCAUGGUGCAGUGCUUCGGUCACAUCAGCGGCGGCCACAUCAACCCGGCAGUCACCGCAGCCAUGGUGGUGACCCGGAAGUUGAGCCUGGCCAAGGGUGUGUUCUACCUGGCUGCCCAGUGCCUUGGGGCGAUCACUGGGGCAGGGCUCCUCUACCUGGUGACACCAGCGUCUGUCAGAGGGGGCCUGGGAGUGACUAUGGUAAAACAUAUAGAUCGGCCUGUUAUCACAGAAUCUGGAUUAUAGCCAAACAAGUAUAGCAACAGUCAGAGUUCACACUAUGGUUAAGAUUUGAAUAUAUUGUUGCUCAUUUGGGACUAUUCCAUCAGGCAAGCUCAAUCAAGCACAGCUAAAGUAUUUAAAAAUAAUUUAAAUACUAUUUGAAACUAGGUCUGGGAUGGAUUGAUGUCUUGAAAAGUAUUGUUCAUUCACAGAGGAAGACAAACUGACAGUUGCUAUCUCUUACUCUUGUUUCCCAGGUGAACCCCAAGCUCAACGUGGGCUGCGGCCUGUUGGUGGAGCUCCUGAUCACCUUUGAGCUGGUCUUCACAGUGUUCGCCACCUGCGACCCCAAACGCUCUGACCUUAACGGCUCGGCUGGCCUCGCCAUCGGAUUCGCUGUAGCCAUCGGUCAUCUGUUCGCAGUGAGUGUGAUUCUAUCUCUCACUUAUUAGUACUAGAAUUACAGCAAACCUGAAGGCCUCAACAGUCAGACAUUACAUUUAAUUCAAUACCAUCUAUGGAACAAAAUGUAUAGUGCAUUGAUGUAGAUUGAUGAUGUAGUUUGUACUUUAAUCAUCAUAAUGGUAAAAUAGUACAACAGGUAUACCAUAGAACAUUAGUUCACAGUACAGUACAGUAGAGUAUACAAAUGUCUCUCAGACCUGCUCUCACAUGCACAUCCUCAAUGGGUACCGCUGUACCACCUCCAUGGCAACCAAUCACUGGGGAACUACCUAAACCACACUGAGCAAGUUAAUGCUCCUGAAAACAACAUGCUGCCUACCUCUCUUCAUAGCACAGCUUGAUUUCAAUGUGCUUUCUACAUGCCACUAGAUUAUCCCUACUAAACUAGUACCUUGUAUAUCUAUGGAAUACCUCAAUCUUAAACUACAAUUCCCACAAUUAUAUAGGUUUCAUUUUAUCCUGAUCUACUUUAUGGAUUCAAGUGGAACAAUACACUACUGUAGGUGUUGUGUCAGUUUGUGUCAGCUCUGGCUAGGUCUUGCUCCAUGUCUCUCUCUCUACAGUCCCCUCAUGUUAGCAUCUCUAUGCCCUGCUUUGUUCUAGAUCCCAUACACAGGAGCCAGUAUGAACCCCGCUCGCUCCUUUGGGCCUGCAGUCGUCACCAUGAACUUUGAGAACCACUGGGUAAGAAAGAAACUGCUGCAGCCUUUUCACCCUCAAAGGGUCAUCGAAGAUAGCACAUUUGGUUCCUUGUAAAUUGUGGAAACAUACAUUUUUGGUUUCCCAUUGGUUCUGGGAACGAAGCCAUACGUCUCCCAAAAGGUAAACCUGGAAGUAAAACGUUCUGUUGCCUGUUCUGGGAACGUACAUUUUUAUGUUGCAGGGAGGUUCUGAGAACGUUUUACUAUGGUUCUCUGAAUGUUUUCCUGGAAGGUUUUAUUAACUGAGAAUGGAAAUUAUAGGUUAUUUGGAGGUUUUUGAAUAACUUCCUUAAAACUUUCAUUGAAUGUUUCAAUAAGACUGCUAGAUUUGUUUGGGUUAACUAUUUUGAACUCCAAGUACAGAUAGAAAUGUAUUUGCCUAGGCAUUAAUCAUGCAAACACAUUUCUUUUUUUAUUGGGGUACGGUAUCAGUGAGAUUCAAACCUAUGAUCUUCUGUUCUCUAUCCAUGGAAUUAGUCACCAGGAUGGAGCUAGCAUGCCAUGUUUCUUUAACUCAUACAAAGUUGUUCAUUUUAGUCUAUUCAAACAGACCCCAUUUCAAAGGAAACAAGCUCUCAUUAAAGGGAUAAUCCACCCCAAACCACUAAUUCCUAUGAUCGUUAAAUAACACUAAUAGGUGAAAACAAUAUUUUUUGUGAACAAAUGUUUCAUUUUGUCGGUAUAACAAGGUUGUUAGCAGUGGUGGAAAAGGUACACAAUUGUGAUACUUGAGUAAAAGUAUUGAUACCUUAAUAGAAAGUUACUCAAGUAAACGUUAAAGUCACCCAGUAAAAUGCUACUUGAGUAAAAGUCUAAAAGUAUUUGGUUCUAAAUAUACUUAAGUAUCAAAAGUAAAUGUAAUUGCUAAAAUAUUCGUAAGUAUCAAAAGUAAAAGUAUAAAUCACUUCAAAUUCCUUAUAUUAAGCAAAGCAGACAGCACCAUUUUAUUGUUUUUAAAAUUUACGGAUCGCCAGCAUUCAAAAUGUAACGAGUACUUUAGGAAUGUAGUGAAGUAAAAGUAAAAGUAGUCAAAAAAAAUUAAUAGUAAAGAAAAGUACAGUACAGAUACCCCAAAAAACAACUUAAGUAGUACUUGAAAAUAUUUUUACUUAAGUACUUUACACCACUGGUUGGUAGCAACGUGAAAACCGUUGUGGAAAUCUGUUGCAGCUCAAGUCGACUUCAAAACCCACAAUGCAAUGCUCUCUCUCUGGGCUGGCAAGCGUAGCUACAUACAAUAAUACCAAAGUCAAUAUCAGCAUGUGAAGUGGCUAGCUAGCUGUAAAAUCACCUAAACAAACUGCACUAUCAAUUUAGGAGACUAUCUCACUGAGUUCAACAUCCAGUUCACCUCUGCCCAGAGCGAGUGCAGAGUAUGUUGCUAUGGCAACAAUGGCCCUUUCCCACAGACACACAGGACGUAUUGCGAGAUGGUAUUUGAAGGAUAAACUAUAUGUUUUUAAAUUACAUUCUUAGAAUGUUCUUUGAACGUUACAAAAGUUUUCUUGUGGUUUUUAUGGAACGUUUUUUUUUUUAUGUUCUGAGAACAUUACUUUAAAUAGAACCAUGAGGAAACCUGAAAAAAACGUUAUGCUGAAUGACUGAAACUCCCACAGAAUAAAGUUUUUUCUUAAUGUUCUCUGAACAAUUUGAGAACAUUACUUUAAAUAGAACCAUAAGGAAACUUGUAGGAAACGUUAUGCUGAAGUACUGAAAUUCACACAGAAGAACGUUUCUGUCACAGUGGCUGAUGUGGAUGUGGUGGAGGAGUCACACGCAGGACACAGAAGCUAAGUCCAACCGACUUUACUGAACACAAUAAAUUAGACUCUGGCCUCAACAAAAUAGGAGGCGGGCUAUGCGCAACAAUGCGCAAAACACAAGUAAUCCAAAGUGCACGAAAACAGUACAGUGCGACGACAGGAAAUACAAAAUACAAAAGACGAGCCGCACCUGAUGACAGGCGAACAAUAACACACAAUACACGACUAACAAAACGAGAAACUUAUAGGGGACAUAAUCAACCCAAAUGGAAAACAGGUGUACAAUAAAGACAAAACCAAACGAACAUCGAUAACAUACAACGGUGGCAGCUAGUACUCCGGGGACGACGACCGCCGAAGCCUGCCCGAGCAAGGAGGAGGAGCAGCCUCGGCCGAAACCGUGACAGUUUCUUAAUAUUCUCUGAACGAUUUGAGAACAUUCCCAAUGUCAAACCAGUUGGAGAACAUUCCUAGAACAUUACCCAAAAUGUUAUUAAAUGUAACCAUGUUUGAACUUUUAGAAAACGUUCUCUUAAAGUAAUGAAAUACCAAGAAAAUAAAGUUGCUUAAAUGUGCUGAGAAUGUUCCAUUCCCAGAACAUUGUGGGAAGGUUGUAUGUACCCCGUGUCGUCAAGGCAUAGGAGACUCUGUGCACAUACUUUUCUGACUGCUCACACUGCUAUAAAAUUGCUGCAGACACACCAAAAAAAAAGGAAUAUGAAAAAUGUUUUUUGUCCGAGACGCACUUUGAAGAUGAUGUUGUCCAUAUUUACUUUUCCUCAGCCAACAAUCAGACAAGCCCAUAGUAGAAUAGUUUACGUUUUCAAUUGGCUUGUCGCAUUCUAUGUAAGAAAAUAAUAUUCCUCUCAAAGUGCUUUUAAAUCGUGUGUGCCACAGUGAGAAAAACAUGCAUUGAUAUGCAUAUGCCCAGCCAUUGCACAGUAGUGGGAAAUACACACAUUUGAAAGGGGUUGAUGGCCACUGUUAGAAGAGGAGGAUCCCAGCUUUCCAUUAUUACUACAUUUAUUAUUUCUCAACUCCUAAAAAUGAGUGAACUGCACCAUUUUCAAACAGGAGAAUCAGCAGAAUGGUUUAGACGUAUUUAGCUCUUGCGUUUCAAGUUGACCGGGGUCAAAUGUAACAUGGGUUAAGUGUAACAGGUAGGCCUGCAUUAUAUUUUUGGGACAUUCAAGUCAUCAAUAUGAUGCUAACUAGCAACAAGAUAAUGUUUAGAGUUUGUGAUCUAGCUAAUGAUUAGCCCAAUGGGGUAAAUGCAGAUGGCAUCCCCAUUCUUUAGCCUAUUUAUUAGUCACUGUGCCAGCCAGGUGAUAGCCUAAUGCUUUUUGCUAAAUAGCAUACCUGCCAGGCAUGGACCAAUAUGUUAUUGGGCUCUUUUCUGGAUGGGCAAAUCAUAUUUUAGAUCGUGUCAGCAUAAUUUCAUUUCAUUUAUAUUGGAGUAGAAUGUCCUUUUAAAAAGUCACCAGAACUGACCUUCUCACAGUCGUUCUACAAAGAAAAAUGUAGGUCCCUCUGCGACCUUUGCCACAUUUACAUUUUAGUCAUUUAGCAGACGCUCUUAUCCAGAGCGACUUACAGUUAGUGAAUACAUUUUUUUUUUUUUUAUACUGGCCCCCCGUGGGAAUCAAACCCACAACCCUGGCGUUGCAAACGCCAUGCUCUAUCAACUGAGCUACAUCCCUGCCAGCCAUUCCCUCCCCUACCCUGGACGACGCUGGGCCAAUUGUGCGCCGCCAAUGAGUCUCCCGGUCGCGGCCGGCUGCGACAGAGCCUGGAUUCGAACCAGGAUCUCUAGUGGCACAGUUAGCACUGCGAUGCAGUGCCUUAGACCACUGCGCCACUCAGGAGUAAAACCACUGCUAAAAAAUAAUCUGGAAACACUGACCAUCCAUUGAUGUUUUAGUUGUUAAUGCCUGGACACUUCAAAUGAAGAGAGAGCUUCAGGCCUAAAGUGGAGUGACUUUUUAUGUUUUAAUAUAAAAAGUCACUCCACUGAAAUGCCAUCACAGAAAUCACAAGCUAUUUGGUUGUGAAGACAUGGGGUAAACAGAUGCCAAAUAUUACAGCAGUGUAUUAAUAAAGAGCCUGUAGUAUACUGUCAUAUGUGCUUUUUGUGUAUAUUGUUUAGGUUAGUGCAUCAUUGUGUGAUAAGUGUUCAGGUCGUCUCUGUCCUCCAGUAGCUAAUGUUGUCAAUAUCAUUAUUAGUGGGGGGCAACGGUGGGCGGGAUGGGGGGCAUAUUGAAACUUAAUAAGGUCACAGUGCAUAUCACCAUGCCAGAGCAGCUAAGAAGGAUCCCAUCUAGUGUCGAUCAAGGACAUAUUUACCCCCAUAGAGGGCAUGAGUGCUACAGACUGACAUCAGUAACCAUAGAAACACUGAGCGUUAAAAUAAACAUUGAAAUGGUCAGGAAAUGCGUCAUCAAUAGAUCACUUGACCCUUGCUACUAGGUAUAGAUUCAUUCAUUUCAGCUUCCUAUUUCAGAAUAAAAUGAAAAACCACAUCAGUAGUAUAGACAACUAAAGACAGCUGUUCUGGACAUUACCCACAGCAUGUGUUUCUUUAAUUAUGUAUCCAGGGCAAUUAUUGUCACGGAGGUGUUUAUAGUAGCUGUCUGUACUGAGUCAGCAUGGCACAGCAUGGUGUGUGUGUGUGUGUGUGUCUGUUUAUCUGGGUCUUCGGUAUAAUUAGGAAAGGUCCUCAGUACUGAGAGUGGUGUCAUAUUAUCUGACAGGUGUUUUCUCUCUCUACGUGACAAAUGUUUGACUUGGCAGAACCUAAAGGUACCUGGCUCCACUGAGGAUGCCCAUAAACGAUGAUUGCUGCCCCUUUACAGACAUGACAAAACAUGACAUCUGGUCUAAUAAUGCAUGACAGCUCUGUCAGAAGGAAGUAUCCUCUAGCUCAACCUGUGGUUCUAGGUUCAUGUUUGUCUGAACUGGGUUUUACCUUACCUGUCUUGCAGGUGUACUGGGUUGGUCCAAUCCUUGGUGGCAUCAUGGCGGCUGCCCUCUAUGAAUACCUGUUCUGCCCUGACCCUGAGCUGAAGAAGAUGCACCGGGAAGUCUUCCAGAAGGAUCCGGCUUCGGGGAAGUACAGGGAGGUGAUGGGCAGUAUGUACCAGGGGGAACCAGACGACCUGAUCAUCAAGCCAGGCUCUAUCCACCACAUCGACCUGGAGAAGGGGGAGAAGAAGGACCCUUUCCUGGACUCGACGGGCGAGGUGCUGUCCUCUGUAUGACUACCACGGGCACUGGAGAGGGAGACCUACCUGUAGAGGAGGGGGAGAUCCAGAGAGAGACACUUUGAGUCUGGGUCCUCCACCCCUGUACCCAUACCAUAAGCCCCAUACUCCCAAGCCCCAUGUCCCCAUACCUAAACCCACACAGACUUACUUCUCAGGCAGAAUACAAUUGCUGCAUUUCCUCUCAAUGCAGGUGUAUUAUUGUAUAUGGAGGUGAGCCUCCCUCAACAUUUGUGAAGUAAGUGGAUAAUAUAACUUUGCACACUGCUCACCCUAACCAAUUACCUUUCAUGUGAAAUCUUUUGAUUUCUGCAAUCUUGUCCAAUCAUCAUCUGUCCCAGCUCUGUUUGCUUGUGGCAUGCUGCUACACUGCAGAGUGAUAACAAUAGACUACAUUUCUGUCAGGGAAAAAUGUCCAGGUCAACCAAUUACAUGGGGUCAUCACACUGAAUUUGUAAACCAGAGAGGAAACAUCAAGCUUAUUAUUUUGGGAUUAGUGUCACAUAUUGAAUAUGUAUAUGGCAUAAGAGAUCUUAUCUACAUAUGGUCGUUAAGCACAUUAUAGAACUCAUGUUAUGAAGGAAAAGACUCAUGGGCGGCGCACAAU